UGUCCCCGGCAGGGAAGCUAGUGCAGUGUGACAGCUGUAGGAGUCACGUGGCGCUGUCAUCGUAUAAUAUUGGAAUGCCGAUGUGUAUGUGAGCGAUCGGUGUCCAUGUGUCAGCAGCGAUCUGAAGUGGACAACCAGCUUUGAAGGCUCCCCUAACCAAUGACAUUCCUGUACAUGGGAGAUGAUCCACGCAGCGGAGAAUCCGACUCGUCCUGAUCGGCCAUGACCCGGGAGGAGCAGUACAGACACAUCGUCCGACUCGUCCAGGAUGGUCGGCUCCAGGAUCUGCACACACACGGGUCUCUAUUCAGUGAUAUCUCCAGGAAACACUUCGGGAAAUCCGGGGAUACAUUGUUACAUUAUGCUGCCAGACAUGGACACCUACCUAUAGUGACUUACCUGCUGGAGGGUGUGGCUAUGGAUGUGGAGGGAAUGAACAAUGACUACAAGAGAGCCCUCCAUGAGGCGGCAUCUAUGGGGCACAGAGACUGCCUGCUAUACCUGCUGGGGGAGGGGGCCCAGGUGGACUGUCUGAAAAAGGCUGAUUGGACACCUCUGAUGAUGGCUUGUACCAGGAAAAACCUAGAUAUUAUCAAGGAUCUGGUUGAACACAAAGCCAACCCCAUGCUGAAAAAUAAGGAUGGCUGGAACUGUUUUCAUAUUGCAGCAAGGGAAGGAGACCCAGCGAUUAUUGGAUAUCUGCUUGAUGUCUUUCCUGAUAUCUGGAACACCGAGAGCAAGAUAAAGAGAACACCACUUCACACAGCAGCAAUGCAUGGCUGCAUUGAUGUGGUGAAGAUCCUUCUUGAGAGGUGCGGUUAUGACCCUGACUGCAAAGACAGCUGUGGUGUGACCCCUUUUAUGGAUGCUGUCCAGAAUGGCCAUCUGCAUAUUGCUCAACUCCUCUUAGAAAAAAAGAAGGUCUGCUUCACAGCUGUGGAUAAGAUGGGAGCCCAGGCGUUGCAUCUAGCUGCUGUUACAGGACAAGACCAAUCUCUCCACUACCUGGUGUCUAGUCUUGGUGUGAAUGUAAAUGAAAGAGCAACGUCAAUCCAGCUCAGCCCACUACACUAUGCUGCUAAGGAAGGACACAUCAGCUGUCUCUCAACUCUGCUAUCCCUUGGUGCUGAUCUGAACUGCCUAGAUUACAAAGGGAGGUCCGGGCUGACUUGGGAAGCUGUGAAAGAUGGCAAUGAUUUGAACAGAUUCUACACACACAUAUCUCUUCACAUGGCGGCUUCUGGCCAGCAUGCAGAAUGUGUCCACUUUCUCCUGAAAUCUGGGCUGAAGGACACAGCAGACCCCCAUGGGAUAUUUGCAGAGCAACUUGCGAAGAAACCUCAAGUCAAGAAUAGCUUUACAGAUUUUAAAGACACAUUGCAAAAAUGAUUUUUUUUUAAGGGUAAAGCUGUUUGACUGUCUCUGCUAGAGUGUUUCUAAUUUAAUAACAAUAGGUGGGGAAUCAUUACCAUGCAGUUGCAUUCCUAAAGUGACUCUGUCAGCACAGGGUCGCUUUUAUCCAAAGAGUCACCUGUAAAACAAGCUUUUAUAUACUUGUUUUUGGCUUAUUGAUAAGUUGGAAUAUCUCCGCUCCCCAGCCGAUGCAAGUUUUCGACUGCCAGAUGAGCUGAAUACUCACACUAAAGUGAAUUAUACCAGACCACAAGUAAACGCCAUCUGGAACCAACGCUUCCAAGUGGUCCUGGGCAUGGUUCACUCGCUCUACACAAACAAAUUGGACAAAGGGGGUGAAUUCCCUCUGCUCGGUUAAAAAUGCCAGUGUGAAUGCACCCUUAGCAACUGUUUGUACCGCAGGUAGCACCAUGGUGCUACCUAUGUGAUCAUUUAAAGCAGAACUAAUACAAAUCAGACAAAUAUUUACCUAAUUUCCAACAGUUCAAGGCCUGCAAAAUCCCUCACCAGUGCAGGCAUUCUCCCUGGGUUCUUCUGGUCUUCGGCCAUUUUGAUUGGCCUGUGUGGGAUGUUGCCACUCCCAUGUGUUCACAGGAGUGCAGUCUUCCUGGCAUAGUGCUAGUGUAUAACGAGCUGCACAGACUCAGCUUAGUAUACAUUCUGAAGGGGAUUGUGAUCACGUAGGUAAGUGUAUUUUUUUUUUGCAGGAAAAGCAUUGCAUGUGUCCACUGCAAUAAAAAAAAUCUGCCUUUUUGCAAUCUUUUCCAUCAGUUCCACUUUGAAUUAAUGGGUUUUGUUCCACUUUAAAAAAAAAAAAUGUGUACCUCCUGGAAAAGUCCUAGUAAGUCAAAGUGGGAGAUAAACAGUAUGACUGGAGCAAGGUAACUCGGGUGACUUGCACACUGCAAAUCCUAAUGUAGCAGAUAGAAGCCUGAUGUUUUGUCUUUGUUUUUAGGACCCUUGUACUCUACGGAUCACUGACCCGGGACAAGUAUGCAGUAAAUCAGAUUAAAUUCAGAAUUCCUGUUCUGCAUUUUUUAUUUUUAAGUUCCAUAAUGAAGAAAGUCUUGAAGCCAGAGGGUCAGCACGACAGUUAUAAAACAACAAUUUUAGAAGGAGAUCAGCAAUAGCAGCUUUGCUAUUUCACUCCUAACCAUUUCUUUUAAAAAAAAAAAAUAAGUCUGUGGCAAGCAAUUACCUUUGCUUAAAGUGGAACCUAACCCUCCUAUACAUUUGCAGCCAGGGACAGUAUCAUUGUAGCCACUAUUUACAUCUGCAAAUGCCAGAGCAGUGCAUAUGGCAUCAGUUAAGAAACCAUCCAUUUGCGAUCUGACAUAAGCACACUAACAAUUGUGACAGUUCUCGCCAGAAGCACAGCUUGAAUGUAGCAUACUUGGAAACCGUGGGGUUAGUUUGGCCACAGGGAGAUGUAAACGGAUGUCAUCUGUUUACAUAUUUUCUGUUUUAUGUAAGUUUUUAGGCAAGAAACAUUUUUUGUUUAUACAUUUGUCACUUCUGAUUGGUCUCUGCAACAACUAUGAAAAAACGCAUGUAUACUGAACUGAAGAUGGAUGUGAAAACGCAUGUGUUUAUGCACCUAUGUACAAUAGGAGAUUGUGCUAUACAUGUUACAUAUCACAGUGCACGCCACAGUGAGAUCAAUAAUUUUAGCACCAGAGCUCCUGGAUGACUCCAAUCUGAUGACCGUAAGGUCUUUUAAAACAUUGCUUAUGAAAAAUAUAGUGUAUUGAAUUUUU